AUGCGGGGUCCCCCCACCCCACCCGGGCACCGGGAUGCUCCGUCCCCCCCCGGGCUCUCGGCCUCCUCCCACCCCGCCCCUCGUUACCUGUCGCUCUCUCGGGGGUCCCGGGGUUGGGGGGGGGGGGGAAUCCUGCGCCGCACCCCCCCCCCCCACCGCCGCCAGCACGGCCGGGCCCGGGCCGGGGGCUCAAGGGGGGCGUUGGCCCAUGGCGGGGGGGGUCUAGCGGCCUGCGGGGGAGGGGCAGCGGGUGGUCACCGGGCGCGGGAGGGGCGCCGGGCCCACCCCCAUCCCUCCCCUCCUCCCUCACCGGCCGCUCCCGCCUCCCGCUCGCGCCGCUCCAUUGGCGCUGACGCAGCGUCCGGGACGCGCCGCGGCCGCGCGGGCGCCCCCUGGCGGCGCGGAGGACCCGCGCGGCGCCGGGCAGUCACGUGGCCAGAGGGGCGCGCUGCGGGGGGCGUGGCUUCCCGCCAGGGGGGCGCGGUCGGGGGCGGGGCGCGUCGCGUGCGGCCCGGGAACGCCUUAAAGAGCGACACCACUUCCGGUUCCCACUUCCGGGUCCUGCCGCCGCCGCCGCCGGGAACGGCUCCGGGCCGGCCCCGCCAUGUUCCUCCUCCUCCUCCCGCCGCCGCCGCCCCCAUGAGCCGCAAGAAAAGCGGCUUCGCCAUCACCAGCGUCCGCGGCGGCAGCGGGACCGCGGCCGGCGAUGCCUCCGGCGCCGCGACCGGUUCUUCAUCCUCCUCCGCCGGCAGCCCCAGCGGGUCCCGGUUCCGCCUCGUUCGUUUACUGUCGCCGGGGGAGGUGCUGCGGCGGGGCCGGUGGCUCUGCCGCGAUUUCUACGAGCGGGACGCGUCGCCGCGGGGAGGUGGCGGCGGCGGGGGGAGGGUCCCGGUGUCGCUGGACGCCCCCCGGGCCGUCCCCGCCCCCCACCAGCCCCGGUCCCUCGGGGCCUUCGCGCAGCUCGUGCAGCAGGCGCUGCCCCCCAAACCCCCCUCGCCACGCCCAGUGGGCGGGGCCGAGCUCAGCGUGCGCCUGGGAUUGGCUGGCGAGGAGAGCGAAGACGAGGGCGCCGGGAGCGGCGUCACCGCCAUCGACAACAAGAUCGAGAGGGCCAUGGACCUGGUGAAGUCGCACCUGCUGCUGGCGGUGCGGGAGGAGGUGGAGGCGCUGCGGGAGCAGAUCCGGGAGCUGAGCGAGCGGCGGGCGGCGCUGGAGAGGGAGAACCGUCUGCUCCGGGGCCUGGCCACGCCGCAGCAGCUGGCCCGGCUGGGGUCCCCGCAGCCCCCCGGGCCGCCCCCCGCGCCCCCCUGAGCUCGGGGGGUCUCGGGGGGUUCUCAGGGGCCAGGCGGGGCCUCCGCGCUCGCUGCGCCGCCACUGCUUCAUCGGGAGGAAAGGAGGGAGCAGCGCUGAGCUCUCUCGGCCUUCCCGCGCGAUUCGGGGCCUUUUUUAAUAAACCCGCGAUUUUUACAGCA